UCGCCGGUCACUGGCGGAGAUCCUCACCAUCGGGUCAGUGGCGAGAGACAGUGACACACGGUCGAGUAACGAGAGGCAGUUCCACCGGGUCAGUGGCGAAGGAACGUGCCAUCGAGUCGGUGGCGAGAAGCAGUGCCAUCGGGUCAGUGGCGAAGAAAUCCCACCGGAUCUGUGACGAGGAGCCGUGCCUCUGGAUAGUGGAAAGAGACCUCGCCAUCCGGCAAGUGGCGAGAGAUCGUGUCACAAACUCGCAACAUGACUCGCCAGCUCUGGCGGCUGGCGGCGCUGCUGCUGGGGGUGACCUCGGCGGCGGCCCAGCUGAUCUGCGUGCCGCUCGUCUUGUGUCCCGAGCUGAUGGAGGACCCCAAUACCAACCUGCUGGGCCGCGACAACGCCUGCUUCCUGCGAGACCGCUCCGAUGGAGGUCUAUGUGUCGGCGACACCAGCGCCGGCAUCCUCUCGCUGGACUACCUGCCGCCGGCCAAGCCGACCGUGGACCCGGCCGACGCGGCCCGCGUGCGCCGCGAGGACGAGCCGCUCCGGAAGCGCCUCAGGCGGUACGAGCAGCUCAUCAUCGACCAAAAACUGCCGCCGGAUGAGGUAAGCGACCUGGUGUGUGAGGCGGAGAAGCAGGCGCUGCGCGUGGAGUCGGUGGUGCUGAAGCUGGCGCUGAAAGACGCGAACCUGGCACUGCCCAACUCGCCCGAGGAGCUGCAGCUGCUGUUCGCCGAGCCGCAGGGGCGCGUGGCGCGGGCGCUCGGCCUCGUGGCGCAGCUGUCUGCCAUCAUGCUGGCCGGCCUGCAGAAGUUGGGGGCGCUCUUCAAGGUGCCGCCCGUCGACCCGGUGGAAUCCAACGCGGCAUUCUCGCUGCCGCCGCCGAGCGACGAGGUGCUGGAGUUCGGCUCGCUGCUGCUGCCCAACUGCACGCCGCUGCCGGUGCCGGAGUGCGGAGACGCCACACUCCGCUACCGCACGCACGACGGCUCGUGCAACAACCUGCUGCGGCCGCGCGCCGGCUCCGCUAACUCGCAGUACUCGCGCUACUUCCCGUCCGAAGUACGCGGACGCGCCGCCAUCGGCAACAGCAACACGGCCGACGGCGAGGACGGCUUCCGCACCAUCGCUCUCACGCUCUUCGGCCAGUUCGUCGACCACGACGUGACGUCGACGCCCGAGUUCGCGCUGGAGGGCGAGGAAGACGAGACGGACGAGUCGGCGGUCCCAGGCAUCGGCUUCAACUGCUGCCACCGCAACGGCUCAUUCCCGUCCAAGUCGCUGCAUCCAAUGGCGUGCAACCCGAUCCGCGUGCCCGAAGACGACCCGUACUUCUCGCUGCACGGCGUGAACUGUAUCAGCCAGAACCAGAUCACGCACUACCUCGACGGCAGCAACAUCUACGGCAGCUCGGAAGCCGAGUCGACCAAGCUGCGCGCCGGCACCGGCGGCCUCAUCAGCACCACCAACCCGGGCCGCCUGCUGCCACGAGACGAGAAGCGCUGCGCGAGGCGCGCCGCCGACUGCUUCGUCUCCGGCGACCACCGCGCCGGCGAGAACGUCGGGCUCGCGUUCGUCCACCUGGUGUGGACGCAGGCGCGCCGCAUCGUGGUCGGCGAGUACCAGCACGUGGUGUACAACGAGUUCCUGCCAGCGAUCCUCGGGUACGGGUACGUGCGCGACCGCGGCCUGAAGGCGGGCGACCGGGCGCGUGUGGCCGCCUACUCGGCCGACACCAUGCCCACCAUCACGACCGAGUUCUCCUCAGCCGCCUUCCGCUUCGGCCACUCGAUGGUGCACGACGUGUUUCGCCUGCAGAGCAGGUCGGGCCGCAUGUGGCGCCUCCCCCUCGAGGAAACCUUCUUCAACAGCACGCACCUGCAGCUGCGCGGGAUCGUGGGCGACCUGGCGCGCAGCCUGACCUCGCAGCUGCCGGGCCGCGUGGACACGACCUUCAGCCCGGCUCUGACACAGCACCUGUUCGCGCCGACCGGCAAGCCCGGGCUCGACCUCAUCGCGCUCAACAUCCAGCGCGGCCGCGAGCACGGCCUGGCCAGCUACGUCACGGCGCUGGAGAACUGCGUGGAGCACGACGUGGCCGGCUGGGACGACUUCCAGCCGUACAUGACGGCAGAGGCCGUGGAGCAGCUGCAGGCCGUGUACGACGACUUCCGCGACGUGGACCUCUUCGUGGGCGGCGUGAGCGAGCGGAGGUUGAGCGGCUCCGCCGUCGGCACCACCUUCCAGUGCAUCAUCGGCGAGCAGUUCUUCGACCUGCGCUACAGCGACAGGUUCUUCUACGACAUCCGGGACCAGCCGAACAGCUUCACUGUGCGACAGCUGGAGCAACUGCAGCGUGCCUCGUUCGCCCGGAUCCUGUGCGACAACGUGGACGGCCUGAACGAGAUGCAGCAGCUGGCCUUCUUUCAGCCGGACUUCUUCCUGAACAAGAAGCAGAACUGCAGCGAUCUUGCCAUCCCCACCAUCGACCUCAAGCCGUUCUAGUGACGUCCCAUCCUGCGGCGGUGUUCGAGCGGCCGCACAGGCCGGAGACCGUCUGUAAAUCUGGGGAUGUUCUCGAACGAGCAGUUAGAUCUGCAAUACACUCCCUGACAUGGUGGCGUGACGGCACUGAAGAGGUGUCCGAAGGUCAGCGACGGACCUUCUGAUCACCAGCUGUCUUCACGAGGAGACUAUUCAGUUGACCGUCAUGGAUUAUCUGGACUUCCCGUAUGGCAGCGCUGAUCGUCCGGGAGUCAGGAGGUGCUGGUUGCGUCGAAGUGACAGCAGCAGGGUGAACAUCAGCGACGAGCACCGCACUACAUCCCCGAACUGUUUCAGUGGUAGCACUGCGCCGGUCCGAACCUCUGGCACGGGCGCUCCGUGGUCCUGAGGCUGCCUUAUGAACAUCUGUGAGAGAGCGCCCCGCUGUCGCGUCUCUGCCCGGAACAGGGCCGGACCGGUGACGCAAGUGACGCGGAUAUGUCCCAACUCUGGCACUGGUGGUGACCAGUGCAGUCGGUGUACUGUGCCAUGCACUUAAGCGUGCAAGGUUCCACUCGACACGCCCGGUUAGAUCGACCACCCUGGACCAGGCGCUGAACUGAGGAGCGGCGCUCCCGGCCAGGGGGCGGUGUGCGGACAGGUCGGCGCCAAUCACAGGCGGACAGACGCGUCACGUGACUCGUGACGUGAGCGAGGUCGUCAAAUCCCGGCGCUGGAAGUGACUAUUCACCGUGAAAUGUUACCAACUGUGUAUCAUGGAAACCAAUGCGCUUUCGGCACUGAUAAACGAAUGUCUCUAACUUUCGGCUGCGCUAACUGGAGCAUUAACCGUUCACUAGGAAGACAAUUAACGGUCGUUAAAUACUACUGUCUUGAUCCCAGCUGUGGCCUGCUCGAUACAAUGCAGCUGUCAAUCUCCCAGCCAGUUAUCCUUAAGUCGAAGUCAGCCGCCCAUAAAAAACAUCGGGUUUGAUUAGAUUUUCCGUGUACAUCGCAUGCAAUAGAAAGGACUGGUUGUUAGGUAUGUCAGAAAUAAAGCACCUCUGCUGCAGUUAUCGAGCCUAUCCUAGAAGAUAGGAU